GAUGGAGAGGUUGAUGAAGACGUGGUUCUCAGCGGCAUGGAUUCCUGCAGCAUCGAGUUCGAUGCCGGCCCGGAUGCGCGCAUCUUGCUGAGCAGCCUCGCGUUCUAUGCACCACCAGAGGCGGCCCUCCGCGGGGACCUUGUUGGUAGCGCCUUCCAGACAGGCUUCUUCGCCGUGCUGGAUGGGAACUAUACUCCGGAGGAGCCAGAGACAGAACCUGGGCCGGAUCUUGACGACUGCGAGGGAGCAGGAAACGACAGCAACAACAGCAACCGAAGUGAUUGCAACAUCACCCUUCCGAAACGAGUCGUUCCGAGCUUCGACUCUGACUGGCAGACGGUGUGGCCCCUGGACCUGCAGCCCUCCGUGGGUUGGAACCUCCGGAGCUUCGACCCUCCACUCCUCCUGGAGCGCCUCCGUCUUCGGGGCGGCGGCGGCCUGGGUGCAGGAGGCUGUCGAGUCCGUGAGAUCGCGAUGAGGGGCCAUGUGAUCGCGAAGCCAUGGCAGGGAUGUCCCGUGGAGGUCACCGUGUCCAACGCAGUGCCGGCGGUCGCAGUUGCACAAGAG